AUGGCAGCGGAGACCCCUAACGUGAUCAUUCGACCCGCACGUCCCGAGGAUUUCAACGACCUGAUGGGGAUUGGGGAUGUCUACUACGGCAGGGAUUACCUGAAAGCCCACUACCACACCUACUUUGACAACCCCGACAUUUACCCUUUAGUUGCUGAGCUAGAUGGCAAAGCGAUUGGGUUCUAUAUGAGCCACAUCAUUGACGGUGGUCGCACUCUUAUUAAACGAGCUGCCAGAGUUCACCCUAACUACAGAGAUAAAAAGAUCUUCCAUCAGCUCAGCGACGCACUGGACAGACACCGGGAGCAGUUCUUGCCACAUCUGGAGUAUGAAGUGUUUGGGGCAACGAACAAGGUUGACGGGUCAGCUGGGGGUUUUCAGAAGAAGGGCUUCACGGAGAUUGUGAGAAAGCGCAUUCUGAACCUACUUGUCCCGACUGACAAUCUCAAAGGACUGGAUGCUAACCCAGACGAAGCCGCUCGCCUUACCCUUAUGACCUAUGAUGACGUCAAACUUCUCUUUGCCAACAAGGAUGUCGUAAACAGAAUGGUCCCAAAUGGCGUUCUCUACAACUGGUUUCUUGGCUACAAAAUUUUUGAAGAAAACAUCGAACAUUUUGUGAAUGAUAAUGCAUUUGUCUUUGCAUCGACAUCGUCAGCAACCCCAGCCAAAGAGUCAGUCGAUCGGCCAAAUCAUAAUUUCACCGCAGACUCGAUAAAACUCAUUGAUAUUCUCUCGUUUGCUCGCAAGCAUGAAGGUGGAGGCGGCUUGACGUACUGGAUAGAUCUGUAUACGGCUGAAGGAUACGAUGACACGCUGAUCAAGACCCAUUUACUAAAACACUUAGAAGAUUACAAACGAUCCACGAACAAAGAUGGCAUUCUCAUAAUCACACUUAACCCGGGACUCGGCGAGGAGCUCGUUCUUGCUUGCUUGAAGGAUUACGGUAUUGUUGAUUUUGUUCCAAAUACGGAAACUCAUACGGUCUUCUAUGAACGGAAACUAAAAGUGUAG